AUGGCGGCCGCUACCGAGUCCAAGCUGCCCACCGAUCCCAAGUACGAUCACUACGACUUCCCGACCACUGCGCCGGAGCCGCAAAGUGGUCACCCUGGCCACACUACUCCGGAACAGGAUGCGAAGGUGCAUCAGUUGCGGACUAUGCUCGAGCAGCAAGGCUUCACAGAGCGAUUGGACACGCUGACUCUGCUGCGAUUCUUGCGCGCCCGCAAGUUCAACGUUGAAUUGGCCAAGGCUAUGUUCAUCAACUGUGAAGAGUGGCGCAAGAAGUUCGGCACGGAUGAUCUGCCUCGUACUUUUGAGUACCCCGAGAAGCCCGAGGUGUUCAAGUUCUACCCUCAGUACUAUCACAAGACCGAUAAGGAUGGCCGUCCUGUGUAUAUCGAAAAGCUGGGCAAGAUCGACUUGAAUAAGAUGUAUGAGAUCACCACCGCCGAGCGCAUGCUGCAAAACCUGGUCUGUGAAUACGAAAAGGUGGCCGACCCUCGCCUGCCCGCCUGCUCCCGUAAGGCCGGCAAGCUCCUCGAGACCUGCUGCACCAUCAUGGAUCUCAAGGGUGUGGGUGUCACCAGCAUCCCCUCUGUCUACGGCUACGUGCGCCAGGCCUCGGAGAUCUCCCAAAACUACUACCCCGAGCGUCUCGGCAAGCUAUACCUGAUCAACGCCCCCUGGGGCUUCAGCAGUGUCUUCUCCGUGGUCAAGGGCUUCCUGGACCCCGUCACUGUGAACAAGAUCCACGUCCUGGGCUCCGGAUACAAGAAGGAGCUUCUCGCCCAGGUCCCUGCCGAGAACCUCCCCGAGGAGUUUGGCGGCACUUGCAAGUGCGCCGGUGGCUGUGAGCUUGCCGACCCCGGUCCUUGGCAAGAGUCUGAGUGGGUUCGCACACCUGCCUGGGCUAACCCGGCCCCCAAGAAGGAGGCGGAGGGUGCUGAGGCUGUGAUCCAGAACGAGGACCCCGGUUACGUGAAGAAGGAUGUUGAGGGUCAGGAAGGUGUGCAGACGACUACUGCAUAA